UUUUUUGUGCUCGACCUACGUUAAUUGUAAUUUACAUUUAUCACACUAAUAAUUCAUUUUAACGCAUGCUGUAACCUGAAAGUAUUUUUCACGAAGAGAGAGUUGAUUAAUAUGUGAUCAUAUUGUGUAUUAUCCCAUUUUUUUUUGGAUAUUUUCCAGGUCAUUCCGAAUUGAUUGCUGGUUUAAAUUAGGGAUAACGAAAAGUGAAAUAAUUUUCCUGGUUGGUUCUGAUGAGGUUGCCAAUUUUGAAUAACGCUGAGAUUGUAGAUAUUAACGAAGAAAUCCUCUGAAAAUGAUGUCAGAAAAUCUGUGUGCUGUUUGUAAUAAUCCAGGUGAAAAAAAGUGCCCAUCCUGCAAAGUAAUACAUUAUUGUUCUCUUGAACAUCAGAAGCAGCACUGGGACGAGCACAAGAAUAAUUGUUUUUGUUAUGAGGUACAAAGUUCUGAUGUUUUUGGGAAACAUUUGAUAGCAAGGAGAGACCUAGAGAGAGGUGAAGUGAUAUUUUCAGAAGUCCCUUUGUUAUUUGGGCCAAAGCCAACUCCGAUAGAUAACGGACCUUUCCCUUGUGUAGGAUGUUCACAGUUGUUGAACCAAGAAACUUCAGACAAAUGCGAAGCAUGUCUGUGGCCCUGUUGUUCAAAAAAAUGUCCAGGACUUGGAGAUAAUUUACGGCAUGGUUUAGAAUGUAAAAUACUUCGAUUAAGCAAAGGUGGCUUGAAUUCUAACGAAUCGUUCUACAAAAAAUUCAGAUUCGAUAUACUUAUUGUUUUGAGAACUUUACUUCUUCAAAAAGUAGACAAAGAAAAAUGGGAUGAAUUGAUGGAUUUAGAAGCAUAUCUUGGCAAAAGAGGACAGGGAACUAAAAUUCACAGAAUUGUGGAUGAAAAAGUGAAGUACUUACAAGAAAACUACCUCAACCCUUUAAAAUCAUACGAACAAGAAACCAAAAACAAUAUAAUACCUAUGGUAGACACAAAAACAUUGCACAAAAUUUAUGGAAUACUAGACGUCCACUCCACAGAACUUAAUGGCCAAAUGAAUGCCGCGUUACUUUACCUUAAAAGUAGUGUUAUCGAACAUAAUUGUACACCAAACACCAUGCAAGCAAUUGAAAAUGCAGAUAACAAAUACAGGAUAAUCGUACGAGCUUCAACAAAUAUAAAAAAAGGCGAGAAAAUAACCACAAUGUACACACAUAUCCUCUGGGGAACCACAGCAAGAAGACGAAACUUAUGGCAGAAAAAAUAUUUACAAUGCUUCUGCGAUAGGUGCAAAGAUCCUACAGAGUUUGGUACAUAUUUCAACGCCUUGAAAUGCAUGGGGACAGAAAAGGAACCCUGUGGAGGCUCGCAGUUGCCGUCAAACCCGACAGAUUUGAAUUCUGUAUGGAAUUGUGAUAAAUGUAAGAUUUCUCUCCCUAACGAUGAUGUGAUGGAAUUUGUGAAUCAUUUGGGGAAUGAGGUGGACAAAGUUUUGGCGAAAGAUGCUGGUGUGAAGGAUCUAGAGGAUAUUUUGAAGAAGUUGUUGGUGUUUCUACAUCCUAAUCAUUAUCAUGUGUAUACUGUGAAGCAUUCUUUGGUGCAACUGUAUGCCAGAAGUGAAGGUGAUGUAUCAGAUGAAGAGUUCACGAAAAAAUUUGAAAUGUGCCAAGAUUUGAUUGGGAUAACUAAAAAAUUGGAUCCUGGAAAUGCCAGGUUAAGUAUUUAUUUAGCAGUGCUCCAGAAUGAGUUAUUUCUGGGAAAGUUUAGUUUGCUGCAGAAGAGAUUCAACAAAGAAUCUAAGGAUGUUUUCAAGGAAGAAGUUGAUGCUAUGCGAAAAAUGUUGGAAGAAGCUUCUGAUGCACUGAAAUAUGAAAUUGGUUCUUUAACUGGUCAGAAGAUGAAUGAAGUGAUAUGUUUGAAUAAGGUUAAGUUUAUAGGAUGGAUGAAAGAAAAUGGAAUGGUAGAUUUGUAAAAACUAAUUUUUUAAACCCAAAUUUUUCUGCGAAUGAGCUGAAAUAUUUUUUGAGAAUUAUAUAUAUGAUGUGGAGAUUAUAUAUUUUAUGUAAUAUUCGAGAUUUUUUGUUGCAAUAUAUUUUUGUUGUACUCUA